AAUCUGCAAAACUCAUACCAUUCUCAUCGCAUCUUUCAACGGGAAUUCAUUUAUUAUAGACGGAAAUGAUGAAAGCAUUUCAGUAUGACUAGUAGUAAUCACUCGGCCUCCAGGAAUGAGUUUUUCAAGGAGCUCAAACCACGAUGCGUCGCCAUCAUCAAUUUGGCUGUUCGUGCAUCCGAUAAGAAAGCGAGUGCAAAAGAACUAUCGAACCUAGUGGAAGACCUCUAUGCUGUCUUAAAUCGUCAAGUAGAUGCUGAUGCCUCUGUCUUGGACGAGAAGCUUGCCGAAUAUGUCUUCUUCCCAUUAUCCAACAUUCUGCGAAAUCAGCAGCAAUAUCCUGUCCGAUUGACAGAACUCACCAUCAAAUGCCUACGGGUGCUAAUUCAGUAUGGCUGGAAGGCUAAAAUCUCACACGACCUUUCUCAGCAGCUCCUCAUUUUUCUUACCUUCAUCAUCGGUGGUGUUCCUGGCCAAAAGAGAAAGGAUCCUAUUCCCGAGGAAACGGAACUGGAAGCAUUCACGACCUUGACGUCGUUAAUCAAAGCUACGGGAUCUUCAUCAGCUGGUGCGGCAGCACUGGUUGAAACAAACGCCGUUCCUGCUUUGGGUCAUGCCGUCACCCUUGUACUUGAUGGUAUCACGGACGGGAGAACACUUGAUAUUCGUCUCGAGGCGCUAAGGACACUAGACGCGCUUUUGGUCGCGAUUAGGGAUCAAGCUGCCUUGGCCACUUUCUUGCCUGGAAUAGUAUCAUCCCUGAGCCAACUUCUUACACCACCCGCGGCGUUUAAGAAUCAGAGAAGAGUCUUAGUUAGCGGUAUUAAUGCCUUAAGGGAUGUACUCACAAAGGUCCUAGGAGAUAUAAAAGUAGUGGGGAUAACCAAGGGGCAAACCUUGGAAGAGAGUGAAAGGGGUGGCGAGGGGGUUCUAACACCCGCAUGGUUGAAAGCAACUACGGCGAAAAUAAAACUUGCUCUUGCGACCGUUUUAAAGCUACGAAAUGCGGAUACCGACGAUGUUCGAUUUGCCUUGGAAAGGUUAUGUAUUACCCUGCUAGAUGAAUGCCACCAUUCUCUUGCAGAGUGUACCCCUAUACUCGUUGAGAGUGCCAUGAUUCUCGCCGACGACGAAAAUGAAAAAUCCGUGCUUGAGACGACUUUGACCGAUCUCGCUAGGAUCUACCCGGAGCUUGGAGACUCGAUAAAGACUGCGAUAUAUAACUGGGUUAUGAGCCUUCCUCGAUUGAUGCAAUCUAGUGACAAUAGGGUCAAGCAGCAAGCAUUCCGAAAUCUCACGAAAGGCCAAUACUUCAUUACGACUCUUCAAAUUGACUCGUCUAUCCUAGAAGACUCAUUAGCUGCAUCUUUGAGGGACAGCGCCACCGCGCUCGUCCUUGCAUCGAAACCAAGUAGCAUGUCGGAGCUUCCUUCGAACACCAUCGAGUUAGAUAUGGAUAUGACUAAACGGGAUGGACUUAAUACCUUCCCACCCAUACUCAUCGCGCAGGAGACAGAGCGGUCUACACGAACCACGCUUCUCGAAUUUCUAUCAAAGGUCGGAUCUAUUUCUCAGCAGACUAAAUUAGCAGACGAUCUAUUGAAUUAUGUCCGAGAAUCUACUGGACCAAGUCAGGUUGCCUCAUAUUGGCUCACUUUCGAGCUGGUGAAAUCAAGUUUAUCGCAACAUUCAGACCUAGAUGAUUUCCUUGAUCUAAGCUCGGCGGCAGGCCCAUCAGACGAGAGCGAGUCCAUCUUUCAAGAAUUGUAUUCAUUCUCAGUUGCUGUUCUAGAUUCACAGACCGAGCCGGACGAAAUUGACUGGCGACUACAAGCCCAGGCCUUAGAGGUUACGACUUUUGCCGCGUCACGAAUGAAAGAGAGUUUUCGCCCGGAGCUCAUUGACGUGCUGUACCCAAUCACGACCUUUUUAGGUUCAGGGGUUCCCAAGCUGCGAGAUCAUGCAAUUAUCAGUCUCAAUAACAUCGCUGCUUCUUGUGGAUACACCAGCGUCACGGAUUUGAUCAUUGAUAAUGUUGACUACAUGGUUAAUUCAGUGUCACUGCGUCUGAACACAUUUGAUAUAUCUCCCGCAUCGACACAAGUUCUACGGAUGAUGGUAAAACUUACUGGCCCACGAUUAAUUCCGUACCUCGACGAUGUGAUUGCCUCAAUAUUUGCGGCUCUUGAUAACUAUCAUGGAUAUCCUCUAUUCGUGGAAAGCCUGUUUAGCGUUCUUACGGAAGUCGUGCAGCAAGGAACACAGUCUGACCAUUUGCUCCUGGAAGCGGUGAAGUCGUCGGCAAAGGAUCAUCGGAAGAACUUACAUCCUUUGAUCACAGUUGAAGAAAUUAAUGCCAUUCUCUCUAGCCGUAUAGAAAGACGGGAGAAGCGGCGGCUAGAAGAGAUAGGGGAAGAAGAAAUCGGGCCUCAUCCGAAACGCCCUUGGAAGGGAAAAGAACCAGUCGAGGCCCAGGACGAAGAAGACGAGCCUGGCGCGGAAGUUGAGAAACCACCACCCCCUAAAACCCCCACAUUCAAGAUCCUCGCCCGCAUCACAGACUUAACGCAACAUUACCUGACAUCUCCGACCCCCACAUUACGGAUGUCGCUACUCGACCUCCUGGCGACCGUUUGUCCGGCACUAUCACCCGAUGAAGAGGCAUUCCUACCCCUAGUCAACUCAAUUUGGCCCGUUUUAGUCGAAAGACUGUACGACUCGGAGCCAUUCGUCGUCACAUCAGCCUGCAAAGCGCUAGCCGCGCUAUGCCAGAGCGCCGGGGACUUCCUUAACACAAGGAUCAAGACGGAAUGGUGGGACAACCUCGGCAAAUGGUGUCGGAAAGUCAAGGCAGACGCAACCCAGUCAAGCACCACCACCACCAGUAAGAGGAAAGUCGAGACCAGAGGCAACAGCAGCAGGCAACAGGACCAGGACCUGCUAAUCCCCAUCCGUUCCCGAAACGGCAUCGUGGGCGGCAAGGAGCCGAGCAAGGCUGGCGAAGAAGUCGUCGUCGUCCCGAGCUCGGGAUUGGGCAGGUUUACCCAGGCGGCCCGCGUCUGGGAGGCGGUGCAGCAGCUCCUGGUCGCCGUUGUGUCGUACGUCCAGGUCGACGACGACGUGUUCGACCAGAUCCUGCUGCUGAUGGCGGACGCCCUCGCGACGAAUGCCGAGGCUCGGGCCGCGCUCGAGGCUGUUGAUCCCGACGCUGUCUGGUUGCUGAUGUGCGAGCGUGGGAUGGUCGAGCCGAUGGAGAGGCCGGUGCUGGCCGGGGUGACAUUCGUUGAUGUUUGGGGAGGUUAGCGACUUUGGUUGUUGGGCUAAAUGUAUGGAUGGAUGGAUGGAUGGAUAUCCUUGGAUUAGGCUGGCUGUUACUAGGGCACAGGGUAGUAGUUGG